AUGAUGAGGCUACCGACUCGGAUACCCCUUAGAUUGGCCCCGCGGCUAUUUCAAAUUCCGGCCCCCGUCCGAUUAAUACACUCGACGACUACGAGGACAGCCAAUGUCGAUCCGCUCGUCGGCACGGGGCCACCGCCGGAGGCACCAACCACCAGCGGCUAUCAGCGUGUGGAGCGGCGCAGGAGACAAGCCGAGCUUCUCAAGGCCGCUCGGGACAUCCGCAAUGGGAAGAGUAAAAGUACGGCUUUGAAGAAGAGGUUUUGGGAUGACGUGCAUGUGAAGGAGGUGGAUGGUGCUUUGCAAGUUCACCUCGAUGAGCGUCCCCUUAGACAUCCUCUCACCAAGGAAGUCGUCCGUCUUCCCGUGACAAAGGGAUAUCUUGCAGCUGCCCUCGCCCUCGAAUGGGACAGCCUGACAUCAAUCCAAGAAGCCACCAAGCAGCAUCUAAUACCCUUAACGAGCCUUGUUUGCCGAGCCAUCGACAUUCAGGCCGACGAUGCUUCUGACUCACCCGAAGCCUCGAAAAUCCGCACAGCUAUCGCUACGACCGUCAUGAAGUACCUGGAUACAGAUUCACUUCUUUGUUGGGCACCACCCGCUGGGCCCUUCGAUCUGAAGAAUGACGCUGGAGAAUCACUACGCGAUGUUCAAAAGAAGACUGCCGACUCAAUUGUGUCUUUCUUAACAACGAAUACGUGGCCGGGGAUCAAGAUAGAGCCCGUCUUGGAUGGCCACUCGAUUGUUCCACAGCAGCAGAGCGAAGGUGUCCGAGAGGUAGUCCAUGGCUGGGUCAUGGGUCUCGACGCUUGGGAGAUUACUGCGCUUGAACGGGCUGUUCUUGCGGGAAAGAGCUUUCUCGCCGCCGCUCGGCUUGUGGUAGAAUGGAGCGAGGGUGCAGCUCGAGCUAGCGACCUUGCCACGGUUGGUACCUUCGGAGCCGACGAGGCUGCUAAAGCUACCAAUCUCGAGGUUGACUGGCAGGCUGGCCAGUGGGGCGAAGUAGAGGAUACACACGAUGUCAACAAUGAGGAUGUCAGAAGGCAACUCGGCAGUGCUGUUCUGCUCGUCUCUGGCGACGGAAAGUACUGA